AUGCGAAAAGUGUUCGAGGAGAAUAUGGAGGACCAGCGAAAGCGAGACAUUGCAAAAAAAGAAGCAAUGGAGAAAGAGGCCGCAACAAUAAAAGAGUACAACCGCCUGCUGGAUGAACAAGAGGAGCAGCGUGCACAGGAACUGGCAGCUCGCAUGGAUCGACAGGCAGACUUGAUGAAGAAGCUGCAAGAGAACGUAGACACUGUCAAAAAAGGAGCUGGCGACAAUGAUGCCCAAAGAGCUCUGUUGCAGGCAGAAGAGCAAGACAGGCAUUACUUCGAAGCUGAAUCUGUCAAGCAAAACCGUCUACAGCAGAUGCGGCUGGAGAAUCAAGCCUAUCUCCUGAAGCAGAUGGAGGAGAAAGACUCGCGGAAAAACGAGGACAAGUACCUCCAGCAAAUCCAAGCCCAGAUCCUGGAGCGUGAUGCAGAGGAGUACAACACAAUCGAGAAGCAGAAAGUUGUUGAUCGCAAACUCCGCAAUCUGGAGCACCGCAAGGACAUAGAGCGACAGAUGGAAUACAAAGCUCGCCAAUCUGUUCCAGAGAUGAGUGAGGCUGAGAUUCAGCUGAACAGGCCACUUUUGCUGCUCGUGGAGCAGACUCUGCAAACCCGCGAUGAGAACUUGAAGAAGGCACAAGAGAUGGCGCCAGUCCUGGAAGAGGAUAUGGAUGGCGACAUGUGA